CUCUUGCCCUGGUACACAGACCACACAUACCAAUCAUACCAAUAUAUUCUGCAUCCAUGGAAAUAAAUAGCAAUAACACCAACCGAUGAGUAUACAAGACAGACAGACACACCAAGAGAUCGGCAGGGAUGCAGGCAGGCAAGCAGGCAGCGUAAAAGUACACACAUCGUCUCGUCCCCCAUCCACACACACAGCAAAUUGUCAGGCGGUCGGUCGCCACCCGCAGUAACUGCGUAUAGUGUAGAGGCGGACGGACACAAACACGCUGCUUCCACCAAUGGGCACAAAUGAAUGCCGUGGCAUUGCAUUGGCAACGGCUGGCUGCUUGGAAAAAAGCUGAGCUACAAGACAGACAAAACCCUCCCGGUUGCAAGCAAAAGGAAGGUCCGAGGAGUACAAAUGACCACGAUCGUCGAGGCGAGUCGAGGCGAGGCAACCAGGGCUGCGCUGAUACGCAGCGGGCAACUGGGGACGAAGGGAGGGGGAUACCUCACUCAGUCACUCACCCCUCAUCUGUCUGUCGCCGCCCUCUCCCCCUCCCCUCUCUCUCCCUCUCCCUCUCCAUCCUGCCCUCCCUGCCUGACUGCCUUUCCGCUGAGAGCAAUGGCCUGCGCUCUCAGAGGGGCGGGAUUCUUCCACGGCACAGGUACCGCCGCAGUCACCGAGUCCGACAGUGUCCGAUCACCCCUAGCCGGGCUCCUGACACCAUCCACCACCUCUGCUGGCCGUGGCGGCGCCUCGACAGUGACGAGCGGCACUGCUGCCGGGUGGUCCGACAUCGCCCGAUCUCUCUCCUCAUCCCUCACCUCCCUCACUCUCACAGGAGCGUUGAGCGUCUUUGUGUGGAGGCUCAGGGGCGGGGACCCCUGUGGGUAGUGCCGGUGGCGGGAGAGAUACAGCGAGUGGUCCAGCAUCCUGUUGGACGCCCGCAGAGACGGCCGGCCAUCCGCUGGCGCGUCAUGGAUCGACCGGUAUGGCGAGACGGGAGACAGCCCGCCGGACCGGAACGGUCUGCCGCGGCCGGGGGGCGGUGGCUGGGGGGUCAUGGGCAGGCGGAUGCGAUGGGUUCUAUCCACUGGCGGGACGGUGUCGUCGUCUCUGUCAUCCUCAUCUCCGUCAGGCUCCAGCUCCAUCUCACCCGUGGCGGGGUUGUAGACCAUGGCCCCCUCGACCCGUGCCAGACGGAAGUCCAGCCGUCCUUUGCCCCCCUCGCGCCGCUCGGUGGGCGACGCUGGCGGAGGAAGGCGGUAGGGGGGAGGCAGGUCCGCAGAGGCCGCAUGGGGCCGCGACUCAGGGAGGUCAUCCCCGUCCGAGUGCGUCUCUCUGGGGUUCUCUCCGUGUCUCGCUGGCUGCUCAGCGCCACCUCUGUCGGUUUGUGGUCUCGCCUCCUGCUUGCUGUCGUCGGCCAGCCCCUUCUUGCCAUUGGCUGGAGGCUUGACAGCAAUGGUCACUUUGGGGGGCGCCUUCGGUGGCGCUUUGGGACGUCUGGGCGGCUCUGGUGGGGCCGACACACGAGCAGCUGCUGUUGGCGGCAGCUUGGGCGACACUCGCUCAGCCUCGCCCGCCUUGAUGACCUCUUCCACUGCACCGCUGUCGCCGUCAUUGCCGUGUCGCUCCUCGGCUUCGUCGAAUGAGACCAUCUUGCUAGGCUUGGACGUGUCGACCGCCUUGGGGUGCUUGGGGGUGCCCUCCACGCCCAGCCUGGCGAAUGGCGACGAGAGGCCGUCGGGUCGGUCCUCGAGCCCCGGGUGGCUGUCGUUGGACGGGGGAGACGCCUCGGGCGACUCCUGGCAUGAUGACUCCUUGUCUCUGUCCGACCGGUCCUUCUUGUGGUGGUGGUGGUUGUGGGGGCCGCUGGAGUGGCGGCGGGCCAGUCGCUCGGCUCGCUCGCGCUCGGCCUUCUCGCGCUGCUCCUUACGGACCUGCACAGGGGAGGGGUGCCAGAGUGAUCAGUACACACAAGUGCUGCAUCGGCUGGGCAGUGUGGUGGGAGGGGAGAGUGCCACUGACUGACUGACUGACCUUCGCAUAGAUGUUCUCCUUGCGGGCCUUGUUGAGCUCAUCGCGGAAGGCGCCGAACUUGGCCAAAAUGUCGACGGCCGGCUGACGGACGGCAGAACCAAACAAUACACACACACACACACACACAGAGGGUCAUGAUCACGGAUAGUGGGAGGCUGCAGUCUCGUGUGUUUUGUUUGCCCACCGUUCUUCGUUCGGCGAAGAGCGGCGGCAGCUCUUUGCAAAGCGCUUCGAGCUCCUCCAGACGGGCUUUGAGCUUCAACAGAUCAUGGUCCGCAUCCUGCACACACCACACAGGACACAGACUUGUGUGUGCAUGUGUGUGCUGAGAGUCUGCUGAGACUCCCUCGCCUUAAUGAAGGUUUCCAUGGCGUCCUUAAAUUUGGGCUCGUAGUUGUGAGCGUCGAUCUCCGUCUUGACCGUCCGCACCGACCCAUCCAGCGCCUUGAGCCGUUUCUUCUCCUCCUCUAUCUCCACCUGCACACACACACGCACUCGCACGUGUGAGGAGUGCUCCCACUCCCCAGGCCGCCCCUCCCUCACCUUAGACGCGUCUACACAUGGCUGGAGGUCGUCGAGGAUGGCCCACGCGGCGGGAUACUGCUCGUCGAUCAGCGCGGCGAUGAACCGCAGCAUCGACGUCGACCUGUCCACGGACUGGAUCUUGCUCAGCAAGCCCAGGGCGUCCAGCGAAAAGCCACGCACACCACCUACACACAUCCACACACACAGAGCACAUUGCUCGGUGCACCAUCAGCGUGUGUUGGGGCUGGGCAGGUGGGCCUUUACCUACCUCUGUUGGUUCCGUGGUUGAGGUAGUUGCCGGCCCGCAGCACCACGCCGAGGACCAUCCGGAGGGCAGUGGAUCUCUUGAUGCGGCUGAUGGCAUCGGUGACGCAGGCGAACUUCUCCUCCAGACCCUGACGCUCGUCCUUGAACGUCCCACGACUGACCGACCAACACACAAUGGCACAAACACGGAAAACCCUCCCUGCCUGCCUCGCUCUCUCACCAGAUGCAGCACUGCGCCCGCUGCUUGAACCGGUCGAUUGUCAGCAGGUCCUUCAGGAAUGCCUCACCCUGACAUGCACACCCACACCCAUACAACACCAUGACCUCUGCUGCCCGUGAGAUCCCUCCCCGUUGUCACUUCUCAGUCACCUUGGCGAGUGGCGGUGUGUCAGGUCCGGGGAGGAAGGCGUCGAGCUGUUUCUUCUCUUCGUCGGUUGGGUAGACGUCCAUGAGUGCCCUCAGGUUGUCGAGAGGGAAGCUCGAGAGGUCCAGCUCCAUGACACACGUCCGCACGGGCUCAACCGACUUGAUGCCAAGACCGUUGAGCAUAAUCUCCAGGUUGGACGAUCGCUUUGUGUCGAGGAUGUUCGUCACCUUCACACACACAUGCAGAGUGGAGUGAUGGAUGUGUGGUUUGUUGGUUGGUUGGCUGUGUCGACACACACCGACUUACUUACCGCUUUGCGUUUGUUGCCCGGCGUGAGUGCGCUCUUCGCCUUGGCCUCCUCUUCUGCCUUGUCUGAAAAGAAAAGCUCCGUGAACGACUGAACGAAGGAACCAACACACACAGACGGUGUGUACGAUGGACUCCCACUGUGUCUCUCUGUGUGUCCCUGCCUCUACACUCACGCUAUAGUUAAUGGUGAGUUUGGCCGGUUUGACGGGUCUGGGCCCCUUGGACGGCGUCGACUUGGCGUGGCUGGGCGACCUGCUGGCCACCGGCGGCUCCUCCUCAGCAUCAUGGUGACCCUCGUCGACCUCCUUGACCACUUCGAACGCCGGCGGCAGCUUGGCCUCGUCCACCAACAGAGUCUCCCACAACGUCCCUAGCGUCUGCACAACACAACACAAGACAACACAAGACACACAGACUCUCAGUGCUCACCUGUCAGUCUGUCCGUUGGUGUGCACCCACCUUGUUAUCCGAAACGGCCUGCCACUGCACGCGCUUGCCCGUCUUGCCGGGCGGCGGGGCGGGGCCGAAGUCUACGGGCGGCAACUCCACUGAUGGUGCGCCACCGAACUUGCCGAACUUUCCUGGCGCCUUGCCCUUGCUGAUCGGCGGACCCUUCUUAGGCAGACGCUUGCCCAUUGGCGGAGGGGGCCUCGCUGGCGACGCUGCCGGGGUGCUCACAGGGGUGGUCUCCCUUGCCCCCGAUGGCACCUCUCCGUCAGACUCUGCCGCAGCUGCCGGUGCCUUGGCCCUGACCAUGGGAGGUGGGCGUGGCGGUGCCGCGCCUGGCGGCCUCCCGGGUGGAGCAGCCCCUGGCGGCCUCGCAGCUGGCGGAGCUGAGCCUGGCGGACGGCCGGGCGGUCUCGCACCAGGAGGCCUCUUGGGUGGCAACGCCUCGCCACCCCCUGCCUGCGGCGGCAGUGACGUUGGUGCAGACGCAUCUUGUGGUAAGGGCACCUCGACCAUCGGUGGCCGGCUCGGAGGGGGGCCAGGGGGACGGGAGCCAGGCGGUCUUGAUGGCAUUGGCGGCACCUGUGCGGUGGUGGCCGUGGGAGGUGGUCCCGGAGGCUUUGCUCCAGGUGGCCGGCAGGGAAGAGGGGGAGCUGGCGCUGGGGCGGUCGCUGACGGAACGACCUCUGACGCCGAAUCACUAGCAGCUAGCGGCGGCCUCUUGGGCGGUGGCCCGGGAGGUCUUGCACCCGGUGGCCUCAUCGGUGGCCGCAUUUUUGGCACCACAAUGCCCUCCGACACGUCCACCUCAUCGGCAGCCGUCGGUGUCCCCACUGGCGGCGGUCCAGGGGGUCGUGCACCGGGUGGCCUCGCAGGCCUGACUGUGGCGGGAGGUGGGCCGGGAGGGCGCACCGGGCCCGAUGUUGUUGUGUCUUGUGUGGGGGGUGAUGGUGGCGGCCUCGAUGGACAUGGGCCCGGUGGCCGAGCGUUGGGUGGUCGCACGGGAGCACGGAAAGGGAGAGGCAGCGAGGGGGGCGCAGGUGCAGCGACGGCUGCUUGGUGGGAGUCGUCAGCCGGUGCUGAUGGUGGCUCCUCUGUGGGCGGUGCUGACGACGACUGCGUGGGUGGCGGGCCGGGUGGUUUGGCGCCAGGGGGACGCACAGGGGGCCUACGGGGAGGGCGUGGUGGGGGUCUUGUCGGCGACGAGGCAGGAAGGAGAGGGGCUGACACAUCCUGACCUGGAAAGGUGGAGAGAUCGAUCAUCAGGACAGACAGGACACACGGAAUGUGAAACCUCAGCUGCACAGCGUGUGCAUCGUGUGCAUCGUUUCUCCCAACCUUGUGCCGGCGCUUCCGUUGCAGCGCCUGCCUCCGGCUCUCCCUGUGGUGCGAUGGGGGCCACUGAUGACGCCAACACACUCGCCACUUGGCUGUCCAUAUCGCCGAGGUCCCUGACCAACUCGCCCAGUGCCGCCAAGGCCUGACUUAUCCUCUCGGCUGUCUCGGUGCUGGUGCCGGGGGCAGCGAACUCGCUCGUUGGCGACGCUGUGGUGGUGGUUGGUCCGGAUGCUGACGUGAGGACCGACUCGAGGCCCUUGACCUUCGGCACCACAGACGCAACCCGCUGCAAGGAAGGAGCGACAAAUACAUAAAUGGGUCAGGCAGUCGGUCAGUCCCAAAGGCAUCCAUGUCAUGUGAUUCUCACUCACCUCGCGGAAAGCCUCCAGCAAUGCCCUCGGUGCGACAUCCAUGACACCCUUUGGGAACGUCUCGCCUCUGCCGACCUUGCCCAACUUGGCCCUGCCCUUGGGCGGCGGGGGCGACAGCUGGGGCGACCCUCCCUUCUGCACACCACCACCCGCACCCGGGGCCCUGGGCGGCAGCGUCUUCUUGGAUGGCGGCCGCCCUUGCGCAGGGACACAUGAGGGCGGCUCGAUGGACACGAACCCCUCUGUGUGCCGCGUGGCGCCCGGGUCGACCUGAUGCCAGUCGGCCUUGCCGUCGGAGCCCGCCCCCUUGGUGGCGCUGGAGGUGGGGCUGCCUCCCUCGGACGAUGACGGCUCCGUGUCGAUCUUGGGGGGGCCCUGCAUGGGCUGCUUGCGCUGGCGGCUGAGGGCCACAGUCUUGUCGUGAAUCGACUCUGACACGACACACACGAGAGAUGGAUGGAAGAAAGAACAGACACGUGGAGCGGCUGGCAUGUGUGGUGGUGCGGUGGGUGGGUGUUUACUGCAGAGGAGGUCUUCUCUUUCGCGCAGGUCGCCGAGUUUCCUCAGCAGCAGCUGUCGGGUGAGAGUGCCAAAGGCCCACCGCAGCAUCGUCUCGCGGGCUUGGGGCAGCAGCCGGCAAAACGUGUUCAACGCAGUCGCCUGCACCCCACACAAAGACAGAUCAGCCCUCCCUCUUUCAGUACAUUCCUGCGGGCCCCCUGGCUCAGUUCACUGGCUGACCUGGUAGAGCUUCUCGAAGACGUCCCCCUGUGUGCGUGCUAUGACGAGUAUCUUGCGGGCGUUUGCGAUGGUGGUCUGCAGCUUCUGGCUCAUCUCCACCAGAAGGGAAUCACCGAUAGGCGACGACGAUGAACUGCUGCCCGACGAGAAGAUCUGCAUCUUGAUGGCCUGAUUUUAUGGUGAGCCACGGCACAGCACAGCACAGUCCAGUACACUUGUGUGUGUGCCUGUUGUCAGCUGGCUCACCGAAACGAGGCCCUUCCUUUGCGCUUUCUGAUUUUGGUUCUGCUGCCCCGUGACUUUGGACUCAAUGUCAGUCAGAGUCUCCAUCACUUGCCUGAUCGAUGCGAUACAUGGGAGGAGGAAUAAGGCGACCACACACAGUCCAGCCACACACUCGCACCAUCCCCCCUCCCUGUUGGCUUACGAGCAAGUGGAUGAGAGCAGGUUGAAGAGCCUCUGUGACUGCGUCAUGAGGUCCCUCUGGUCGGUGGUGCCCUUCUCCCACUCGUCCAGCACAGACGUCAGCGAAGAGUCGUCGUCGGCCACCACACCCACAUCACGCGACGAGUAACGCAGCAACUGGCUCUCGAGGAACUCACUCUCCUCGCCGCACGAUGAGUCGCCCGGCAGACGCACUCGCGAGCUGGGCGAACCACCACUAGACACUGCACACAGACAGCCAUCAACACAACACAUGGGAUGAACACAAUGAUGAAAGAGGCGGCGAGGCGGCCUGUGUGUGGGGGGUCUGGUCUGGUCACUCAGGCACCCACCUGUGUCGAUUGCCCCGUCGCCGAUCAUGACGUACGAUCCCUCCGAUGACGAAUUCUCGAAUCUACCCCUGACAGACGCACACAGACACCAACACACGUGCCGACACGAAAGCGAUGUGAUGCUGGCUGGAGUCAGUCAGUGCGAUCGAUGUACCUCACCUGCCCAGCCCCAUGCGAUACUGGUGUAGCUGCUCCUUGAGCCUCUCCAGCUCCUGCGACUGACGCGACACCUCCUCCGAUUUCUCACGCAAGGCAGUACCGGCCGCCUCCUUCUCGGCAUUGAGGUUCAUGAGGCGGUUCUGGUAGAUCUUGAUGUCGUCGGCUACCUGCCGGUGCGCGCGCUUCUCCUUGUCCCGCUCCUCACGGACCAGCCGGAGCUGACGAUACAGCUCGUCAAACGACGUGAAUGCCUUGCCGCGGUCCUAUCAAUCACACGCACACAGAAACAAACACAUACCCUCGUCAACACCAGCCAUUGUAUUUAUGGCCGGCUGGCCCACCGAGUCAGGGUCCGAUUUCGCGAUGAUCCUUAGGUGCUGCAGCUCCUCCUCAGUCUCCUGCGUCAUUCGCUUGAUGCGCUGCUCGUACUCCUCGUCCUUCUCGCGCAGCCGCUCAACCAACUCAGUGUAGGUGAAGGUUGUGGGCUGCCUCGGGUCGCGAGGCUGACGACCAGGGGAGUGCCGGAGCGGUGGCAGGCCCGGCGAUGGCGGGCUGCUCUUGCAGCUGCCGAAGCUGCGGUCGCUCUCGGUGCCGGGUGACAGCCGCUCGCGGAUGCUGCCCGACGGGCGGGGGGAGGGGGUGGGGCCGCGCUCGGGAGGCAGGGCGGGCGACUUGAUCUCACGGCCUGCAUGGAUAUAUGGGGAUGGAGGGGCGAGGGGGAGGGAGGAAGGAGAGAUGUCGUUGAUGUGAUGUGGUGUGGGUGGCUUUGAUGUUCGUACCUGUCAUCUGUUCCAUGAGCCGUUUAAUUUCGCUUUCCUUCUCUUGCAGCCGGGUGGUCCACGCCUCUUCGUCAGCUAUGCGGCGCUGCUCGUACUCCUCGCGCAUGAGGCUGAACACAACACACAUACAGAACACACAAACACAUAUAUAUAACGCACCAGAUGACGGACAGCUCUGUGGCUGCAUCUCACUCACUUGAGUCGUUCGUCCAUCUCCCGCACCCUCUCUUCCCCCACCAUGGUAGUGGGUGUGGCAUGGCCAGCUAUCGGCCCCGCACCCACACCCACGACCACGGCAUCACCAUCUUCAUCACCAUCACCAUCACCUCCACACUGCACCUGGGCGUCUGCCCGCCUGCCGUCCUUGUAGGUCUGGUCGCGAUAGCUCUGGAUGGUCAGGUUCUUCAUCUCGAUCGCCCUCGUCAGCGACUCGCAGCUCGUCUGGAUCGCCUGCUUUUCGCGCUGCAGUCUCGCCAUGUCGUGCUGCAGCCCCCUGUUCUCCAAAUCUAGCUGGUGCACGAGCUGCUCGAGCUCCUUCAUGCGCCUGCGGUCGCUGGCAGACAUCAGAGGAGCGGCAGACGGCGUCAUGGGCGACUGGAAGGCGGGCUGAUUGCUGCUUGCGGCAGGCGACUCCAUGGCAGGGGCGGUGGUGUGACCAGGAUCGGCCGCAGGGGGGUGGUCGGAUACGGCAGCUGCAGCAGCUGCAGCUGCGGCAUCUCCAGGUGGCUGGCCGGCCGCAUCUAUGGCCUCGUUGAGAUGAGCAAAGGUCUCCUCCUCGUUCGUUGCGUCCGAAGGCUGAUCCAUGGCCGCUGGCGGCGAGUUCUGCUGCUCGUCGUUGUGACCAUUGCUGUCGGGAGGGGGAGCCUCGCUGAGGUCCUCAGGAGUUUCCUCUCCGUUCAUGACAGAUGAUGAUCAGGAAAGGAGUGGCAUUGCGGAGAUUUUUCUCCUGCGCUUAUGGCUACCGUCGCUACGGAAAGGUGUCGUCGACGCUC